GAGGAGUGUGUCCGCCUGCAGAGAACUGACGGGCUGUGCCCUGGAUCCUUUCAGAGGCUGAAGGCUGCGGUUCACUACACGGUCGGCUGCCUGUGUCAGGACGUGGCGGGAGAGCGAGGCACUCAGUUCAGCAAACCGACCAUCGCAGCCAUCGCGGAGAUGACCUUCCGGCAGUGCGAGACCUUUGCAAAAGACCUCGAAAUGUUUGCAAGACAUGCGAAACGAAGCACAGUCACGACAGAAGAUGUGAAGCUUUUGGCUAGAAGGAGCAAUUCUUUGCUAAAGUAUAUCACCCAGAAGAGUGAAGAGAUCACAUCAAGUAACAUGGAGCAAAAGGUGAAAAAGAAAAAGAAGUCUGGUGCAGUUAAGGGACGGAGAGCUUCGGGGGAACAAGAAGCAGCUGUGACUGACAGUGAAGAUUCCAAUAUGGCGUGA